GGCUCGCCGAGAGCGGUGGAGUUGAGCCGGAAUGAAAGUGGCGCGUUUCUCCUGACGUUACCGGAGCGGGAGCGGCUGGGAGCUGAGUUGGGGGACUCGGUCCGGGUUUGCGUGUUUCGGGUGUCGGGCGCGAAGCGGACCGCGGGAAAGCGCGGCAAGCGUUAGUGGAAGAGGCGGCUCGGCGUGGCGCUGAGACAUGGCUCACAACAAGAUCCCGCCGCGGUGGCUCAACUGUCCACGGCGCGGCCAGCCGGUGGCAGGGAGAUUCUUACCUCUGAAGACAAUGCUUGGACCACGAUAUGAUAGUCAAGUUGCUGAAGAAAAUCGUUUCCACCCCAGCAUGCUUUCAAAUUAUCUGAAAAGUUUGAAGGUUAAAAUGGGCUUGUUGGUGGACCUGACAAAUACUUCAAGAUUCUAUGACAGAAAUGACAUAGAAAAAGAAGGAAUCAAAUAUAUAAAGCUUCAGUGUAAAGGACAUGGCGAGUGCCCUACAACUGAGAACACUGAGACAUUUAUUCGUCUCUGUGAGCGGUUUAAUGAAAGAAACCCACCUGAGCUCAUAGGUGUGCAUUGUACACAUGGCUUCAAUCGUACUGGUUUCCUCAUUUGUGCCUUUUUGGUGGAGAAAAUGGAUUGGAGUAUUGAAGCAGCAGUUGCUACUUUUGCUCAAGCCAGACCACCAGGAAUUUAUAAGGGUGAUUAUUUGAAAGAACUUUUUCGUCGCUAUGGUGAUAUAGAGGAAGCACCACCCCCACCUCUAUUGCCAGAUUGGUGUUUUGAGGAUGAUGAAGAUGAAGAUGAGGAUGAGGAUGGAGAUGGAAAAAAGGAAUCAGAACCCGGGUCAAGUACCUCCUUUGGCAAAAGGAGAAAAGAACGGUUAAAACUGGGUGCUAUUUUCUUGGAAGGUGUAACUGUAAAAGGUGUAACUCAAGUAACAACUCAACCCAAGUUAGAAGAAGUACAGCAGAAGUGUCAUCAAUUCUGCGGCUGGGAAGGGUCUGGAUUUCCUGGAGCACAGCCUGUUUCCAUGGACAAGCAAAAUAUUAAACUUUUGGAGCUGAAACCAUACAAAGUAAGCUGGAAAGCAGAUGGUACUCGGUACAUGAUGCUGAUUGAUGGCACAAAUGAAGUUUUUAUGAUUGAUAGAGAUAAUUCAGUGUUUCAUGUUUCAAAUCUGGAAUUCCCAUUUCGCAAAGAUCUCCGAAUACAUUUGUCAAAUACUCUGUUAGAUGGGGAAAUGAUUAUUGACAAAGUAAACGGACAGGCUGUUCCUAGAUAUUUGAUAUAUGACAUAAUAAAAUUCAAUGCACAGCCAGUUGGAGAUUGUGAUUUUAAUAUUCGUCUGCAGUGUAUAGAACGAGAAAUAAUAAAUCCUCGACAUGAAAAAAUGAAGACUGGGCUCAUUGACAAAACACAGGAACCAUUUAGUGUCAGAAACAAGCCAUUUUUUGACAUUUAUACUUCAAGAAAGCUACUUGAAGGAAAUUUUGCCAAAGAAGUCAGCCAUGAAAUGGAUGGACUUAUUUUUCAGCCUAUUGGAAAAUAUAAACCUGGCCGAUGUGAUGACAUUUUAAAAUGGAAGCCUCCGAGUCUAAAUUCUGUGGAUUUUCGACUAAAGAUAACAAGAAUGGGAGGAGAAGGAUUACUUCCUCAGAAUGUUGGUCUUCUGUAUGUUGGAGGUUAUGAAAGACCCUUUGCACAAAUCAAGGUGACAAAAGAGCUAAAACAGUAUGACAACAAAAUUAUAGAAUGCAAAUUUGAGAAUAACAGCUGGGUCUUCAUGAGACAGAGAACAGACAAAAGUUUUCCAAAUGCCUACAACACUGCCUUGGCUGUGUGCAACAGCAUCUCAAACCCUGUCACCAAGGAGAUACUGUUUGAGUUCAUCGACAGAUGUGUGGCAGCUUCUCAAGUACAGAAACACCGAAAGCAUCAUCUGGACCCUGACACGGAGCUCAUGCCCCCACCACCUCCCAAAAGACCACGCCCUUUGACCUAAGGCUGCCUGGCUUCAGAAUUAAGAGGAAAGUUGUGUGGGGAAAAAAGAUGCAUUUGCCUCGUUUUUAUAGCCAGAGGAAUUAAAAAAUAUGGCUUGAUGUUGGUACAUAUUGGAUUUUUUUUUAUUAUUAUUAGAAAAGGAAAAAAGUAUUGUAGCCAACCUGUAUAUAUUUGCUGCAUUUGCUUUCUCUAUGCUACAGUACAUCAUGGACUUAAACAUUUUAUUUAUGUGUGAUAAACUCAGCCUUAUCUUGUGGAAUCUGAAGGUUAACAUAUCCAAAGGUUUAAAUGGGAUUGAAAUCAGUGAAAAGAGGCCUUGCUCAUAUAUGGAUAACUUUCACUUUUUAAUUUAUAAAGUUAACAUCAAACUAUGAAAGCAUAAAACUCUACAUUGUUUUAUGGAAGUUGUAUUUCAAUUUGGUAAAUUUUACUUUUGAAAAAUAAGAAGAAAUGGCAUUAAACAUUCUUGCUGUCAUUUAUCAUGGAUUUCCCAUGUUUCUGAGAUUUCUGUAUUCAAAAACAAAUGACAUGGUUGUUAAAUACUGCACUAUACUGAACACCUUGGUCUGGCUUCCCUCAUUUUAAGAAGUUUCUUUGAAAAUGUAGAAGUAAAAAAAGGAAAGCUCUCCAUUUUUGUGAAUUGCAUCAUUUCUAAAGGUAGAACAUUAACUAUUUUCAUCUGUUUCUGUUGUUUGAACUCUGUCAGGCAUCCAAGGUGUCCAUUCUGGCAGUAGAUUUUGAUUUACUUCAUAAAACUUAGAUGUGCAUUGUUCUCCAGGGAGACUCUUAGUUUAAAUUCCAGGGCUACUUCUGCUUUAUCUCGGUGGUAUCAGCACAUUGUAAAACUGCAUUAAAAUAUACAGCUCACUGUGAUUAUGGGAGCAGUAUCAGAUACAAACGAUGUUGUGUUAGUUCCCUCAAAACAGCAAAGGCUGACUUCAAUGUCAGCUGACUUCUUUGAUUAGAAGGUAAUGUCAGUGGCAUUGAAUGCUGUCACAAGCAAAUGCUCUCCCACUGCUAGAUAAAUGCAGAGGCAAAGAGUAGACAUCUGUAGGACUAAACAUCAAGGAAACCAAGACAUUUAUUUUCAAAGCCAGAAUUCUAUCUAUAUUCUAUUCUGGGAUUGCUAUUUCUGUUGUACAUCUGAAUUUUAAAACGUUUACUGAUAGAUGAGUGGAUUUAAAGAACAGCUGAUUGGUCAUCUGCCAUUGUUGAGAAACUGUUCUGAUUGAUUUGUAAAGGAACUUUGCGAAUUAGCCAGUUAGAAACUAAUGUAUUUAUUUUUAGAGGCACAAGUUUUAAAUAUAUGUAUUUAAAACAAUUUCAUGAUCUGGAUUUUAUAUAUGUAUAUGCAUAUACAUGUGAGUAUAUACAUCUGUGUAUAGUCUUCUACUAAUAAUGGUCAGACACAAAAAUCCAGAUGAAUGACCUAGAAGAUUAGAUAUCUGGCAGGAUUUCUAUAUGCUAUAGCGCAGAUUAACCAAAAAAUGUAUUUAUAUUCACCUGAGUUUUAAUAUUUUUAAACAGUUUUUUCCUGUAAUGCUUUUCUAUAUAAAAUACUAGAGACAUGCUUGGGCUUUCUCCUUUGACCCCACACUAUGUAAUGUGUAAUGAACUUGCUGAAAAUGCCAUUUUAGUGGUGUUUUUUUUUUCCUAGAUAGUUUUGAUUCAUUUAGGCACUAACUGGAUUAAAACAGCUGACCGCCACAGUGAUUAUUGAAAGUUGGAAUUUUUUUCAAGGUUCCACAGUGUCUUGGACAAAGCAGAUCUUUAAAAAUGCCUGUGCAACUCUUAAUAGUCUUGUCUAUUGCACCAGGAUUUGUAACUCUUUUCACAUGGGGUGUUGCUUUCUUCUGGGCUGGUAUAAAGUCAGACCCCUUUUGCAGAUAUUUGCCAAUGAUCUUUAAUGGAGUUUAAAUGUUUAUGGUAAUUGUAACCUUUUUAAAAUGAGGUAUGUGAAAAGAGCAUCUCAUUUUUUUUAAUGUACUCAGUUAUUUUUGCCUUGCAUUUUAGUUGGACUUUUUUUUUUAAUUUACCCUUUACUUUCAGUUACAAUAGUCUUAACAGUCAGCCUUAUAUUUUAGGCCCCCUUUAGUCCCUGAAAACACUAUACCAUUUUCAGUAUUAUAAAAAGUUUUCUAGACAGUCAGGGAGUGGGGGAAUCUAGAGGCUGGAUUUAGGACAUCAUCAAGGAAAUACUCCCCUUCUCAGCCCACUUUACAGUAACUAUUUUCUGACACUGAAGUUUUGUAGCCAAGAAUAAGAAAAUGUUGCUUUCCUAAAUUAGCACAUACAAAAGCUCUUGCUUUGUGUUUAGAAAAGAUGUGGACUCGACUGCCUGGAUGGUGACAUUUGCUUUCCGUGAAAUGCUUUCAGGAAAUGUCAGGACAUUCCUUCUCUACUUGUGUUUCAGUGUGUAUUGUAAUAAAAACUACUGACUUAGAAACAGCAGAA